CUGUGCAACAGAGAAAUCUCAAGCCAAACAGGCAGCUGGUGAAAGACACAGAAACAGCCAAACAGCUGAGUUUAGAGGCAGCAAAGGAAUCAGUGGAGCUGUUCCUGGGAAGCCAUGGCUGCUGCGAAUCCAGCACAAGCUCUCCAGGAUGAAGUGACCUGUCCCAUCUGUCUGGAGUAUUUUAAAGAUCCGGUGUCUCUAGACUGUGAUCACAAUUUCUGCCGAGCCUGCAUCACCCAGUGCUGGGAGGGAUUCGAUACAGACAUCUCCUGCCCUCAGUGCAGAGAGAUCUUUCCCCAGAGGAACCUCCGGCUGAACAGGCAGCUCAGGAAUAUUGUGGAAGCAGCCAGAGAACUCAGGAUGCAGACAGUGAAGGAACCAGAACCAGAGAGACUGUGUGAGAAACACAAGGAGCCUCUAAAACUGUUCUGCAAAGAGGACGAAAUCCCCAUCUGUCUGGUGUGUGACAGAUCCAAGGAGCACAGAGAUCACACCGUCAUUCCUGCAGAGGAAGCUGCUGAAGAAUUCCAGGAAAAGAUUCAGGCCUAUUUGCAGACUCUGAGGGAAGAGAGAGAAAAGCUGCUGGGAUGUAAAGUGAGUGUACAAAUGAGAAGCCAGGAAUAUCUGAGAAAGACACGAACGGAGAGACAGAAGAUUGUGUCUGAAUUUCAGCAACUGCGGCAGUUCCUGGAGGAACAAGAGCGACUCCUGCUGGGCCAGCUGGCAGAGCUGAACGAGGCGAUUGUGAAAAACGAGGCGAUACAGAAUGAAAAUAUCACCAAACUCUCGGAGGAGAUUUCCCGUCUCAGUGAGCUGAUCAGUGAGAUGGAAGGGAAGUGUCAGAAGCCAGCCAGUGAAUUCCUGCAGGAUGUCAGAAGUACCUUGAGCAGGUGUGAGAAGGGGAAGUUCCAACAGCCAGAGGAGAUUUCUGCUGAACUGGAAGAGCGAGUCAGUGAUUUCUCCCAGAAAACUAUUGCGCUACUGGAGACUGUGAGGAAGUUCAAAGACACUCUGCCGUCUGCACUGGAGACAAAAAGAGUGAACGUGACUCUGGAUCCAGACACGGUUCAUCCCCAACUCAUCCUGUCUGAGGAUUGGAAAAGUGUGAGAUGGGAAGAAAGACAGCAGGAUCUGCCUGACAGUCCUGAAAGAUUUGACAGUGAGCCCUGUGUGCUGGGCUGUGAGGGAUUCACCUCGGGGAGACAUUGCUGGGAGGUAGAGGUGGGUGGUGGGGGAGGUUGGUUUGUGGGGGUGGCCAGAGAGUCUGUGAGGAGGAAGGGACAGAUCAGCCCUGAGGAUGGGAUCUGUGCUGUGGGGUAUGUCUUGGAUCAGUUCUGGGCUCUCACCACCCCUGCGACCCCCCUGCCCCUGAGCCGGGUCCCUAGCAGGAUCCGGGUUUGUCUGGACUGUGACCGGGGGCAGGUGACAUUUAUCAAUGCUGGUGACAAGGCCCCGAUCUUCACUUUCCCACCAGGCUCCGUCCCUGGGAAGAGAAUCCGACCCUGGCUCUGGGUGCUGGGGGUAGGAUCCCGGCUCCGCCUGUGUCCCUAG